CUCAUUGUCUGUUGAUUCGCGGUCGCGUGCGGAACGUUUUUCCCGAGGUGUCCUGUGCCAGUUUCUGUGUUUGUUCAGUAUAGAAAAGUGAAAAAGUGGUGAAAAUUCACAAUUUCAUUCGGCGUCUGGAAGUUGUUGGAAAACGCUGUCAAAUUCCUCUCGUCCAGCACAGUCCGCCGACAAUCGUGAAGCUUUAUCAGCUUCUGAAGACUGCGGAAAAUCCGAAAUUUUAUCGGUGUCAAUUAGCGUUGUGCUUCUGUCAAAGGAAUAAAAGGGGGUUGUCAUAUUUUUACGCAUUAUAUUUUCUGAUCUCUGGAGUGAAAGUUGCCUCUGGAGUAAGAUAAUCGUGGUUUUCGGGGUCGUGAGCGGUCACCGGCGGUUCCAAAAGUGGUCAUUUUAGUGCGGCCGGAGGAAAAAGUGUUUACGUAAUUUCACUGAAUUUUCGUUGUGUAAUGCGGUGAAGAAUAGUUCUCGGGUCGCGUGUGCCAAAAGAAGACAGCAGUUGCCAGGAGUCGGUCGGCCCGGAGUCCGUGCGCGUGGGGAACAAGGAAGAGAAGGUCUUCGGAAUCGUGCGAUAGUAUUGGUGUUGGCCCUUUGGCUUGAACGAACAGAGUAUCCCAGCCACUUCCCCCCUCGAUCCGUUGUCUCCUCGGUCGGUCGCUAACUCUGAGAAGCCUCUUCCCGUUGAAAACGAACGUUUGAAGCAGUGAGACAGCAGGACCUCUUUUCCGUACGGUCGGCGGUAGAUAAUCGGUGCACUGUGUAAUGGCGUUUCUGCGUUCGGUCGCUCGUUGCAAUAGUUUGGUUUCGCGAAAAGUUUCUUCCACGUCAUCGGUGGCCAGUUCCGGAAGUGUUCCGAUUUCCGGAUCGCAACGUGGUAUCCUAUUUAGUGAUGCGUUAAGUGUCGAGCAAUAUCAGGCUUCAUUGAGCUAUCUCAGUCAGGUCUUGGCCGGAGGACAACUUCAUCAGCGUAGGUUCCGAUCGGUUACGGCAGCUGCCACAUCAGACCGGGUCAAUGUCGCCAAGCAACAGCAACAACAGCAGCAGAACAAUCCCAGCUCACCCCAGCGGGACCCGCUGGACGUUGGCUUCAAUGAUCCGAGGGCGGCAUUCAAGAGUAAAACGACCUUUGAGCUGAUCCGGGCCUAUUUCGUGUACGUCCUGUGCUCUUCCGAGUUCCUCGUCGAAAACAACAUGAAGCUGAUGAAACUAGCACAAACAGUUCUAGGGGAAAAGCUGUUCACCCUGCUGAUGAAGUACACAUUCUACGGUCAUUUCGUGGCUGGUGAAGAUCAAGUCAAAAUUGUCCCCACACUCGAAAGACUGCGGUCGUUCGGCGUUAAACCCAUCCUAGAUUACUCAGUAGAGGAGGAUCUGUCCCAAGAGGAAGCCGAGAAGCGCGAAGUGGAAAAUUUGAGAGUUCAGCUAAUGAAGUCAAUCGCAAGCUUGAACUUUCCCGUGCAUCGUCCUCGGAUUUGCAGCGAAAACCAUUUGGGUAAUCCUUCGACUAUGCUUCUAAGUGUUAAUCCCGAACAAGCGACGGCGAUACACGUUCGCAGAGCUUCUGUAUCGUCUACCGGGACGAACCUAUCUGGAGAGGCCACAUCCCUUCCCCAGUACAGCGUAGACAAAACAUUUGCCGAUCGGCGCUACAAAGUACAAAGUGCACGUACCUACUUCUACCUUAAUGAAGCGACCUGCGAGCGCAACAUGGAGACCUUCCUGGAAUGUCUGGACGCCGUGAAAGGUGCCACCUUCGGAACUGGUAUUACCGCCAUCAAGCUGACUGCACUCGGCAGGCCUCAACUGUUGCUCCAACUGUCAGAGGUCAUCAUGCAAGCUCGUAACUACAUGAUGGAACUGGCUGGCGACACCGGCAACGUCCUAACACAUCACAAAACUAUCCAAGAUCUCGAACGAUACCUGAGCAAAGUGACCGACAAGAACGAGGUGAAGAAAUUCUUGGAAAAAGUAACCUCUGACAAAGAUGGUAUUCUACACUUGUUCCCCUGGUCGGGAAUCAUUAACGAAGACUGCGAAUUGAGCGAAACGUUCCGAGUACCCGAUCCAGUUACCGGACAGAUGCGUCGAUUGAUCUCACAGAUCCCACCCAAAGAGGAAGAAAUGUUCCGCAACAUGAUCAGACGGUUGAACACAAUUGUCAAGACCGCUCAAGACUUGGAUGUGCGUAUAAUGAUUGACGCCGAGCAGACCUACUUCCAACCGGCCAUUUCCCGAAUCACGUUGGAGAUGAUGCGAAAGUACAACACCGAGAAGGCAAUUGUGUUCAAUACGUAUCAGUGCUAUCUGAAAAAUACCUACAGAGAGGUAUGUACCGAUUUGGAGCAAGCCAAGCGACAGAACUUCUAUUUCGGGGCGAAGCUGGUACGGGGAGCGUACAUCGAACAGGAACGGGCACGUGCCGCCGCCCUAGGUUACGAAGAUCCAACGAAUCCAUCGUUCGAAGCGACUACGGAGAUGUACCACAAGACGCUGACCGAAUGUUUGAGGAGAAUCCGAAUCCUCAAAGACGUUAAGGAGGAUCCAAAGAAAAUUGCCAUCAUGGUGGCUUCGCACAAUGAGGACACGGUGAGGUUUGCCAUUAAGAAAAUGGAUGAAAUUGGUAUUCACCCAGAGGACAAGGUCAUCUGCUUCGGCCAGCUGUUGGGCAUGUGUGACUACAUUACUUUCCCACUCGGUCAAGCCGGCUACUCUGCGUACAAGUACAUCCCCUAUGGCCCAGUAAACGAAGUGCUGCCAUACCUAUCCCGGCGGGCCCAGGAAAACAAAGGCGUGCUGCAGAAAAUCAAGAAGGAAAAGCGCUUGCUGCUGAGCGAAAUCGCCAAACGGAUCGCCAAGGGUCAGCUAUUCUACAAACCCAAGGGUAACUAUGUACCGAUCUAAGCUGUUCCGAUAUGAACCUGUAGAAAGAGAUCACAGUUACGUCCCAUUGUAAUACAUACAUACAAGCGAAUGCGACACAUUUUAAACGCCAUACGUCACGGACCGGAACUCCAGCGACCGUUACCAGCAUAAGCGUGCUAUGGUGAUUGUACUAUUAGUUGUUAACUGGUAGGGAAAAUCUUUCGAGCGAGGCUCUACGCUGUUGAAAAGCAGUUUCCAAAUUGUACUAAGAGAAGAUGAGAACCAAAUCAUGUUUUUAGCAAAGGGAUGUAUACAUAUAGUUGGAUAAUUUCUCGAAAGUAAGUAAAAAUAUUGAUAUUUAACGCUCACACCCCCGAAAAAAGACGGACAGCAACUGUUAUGUUGUGAAAUUUCAGUUGCUUUUAUUCGAGUAAAGUAGGAGGACACCGAAUCGAAGAUUUGUGAUUGUAAUUUUAGUUGUGGUAGCUGCUACGUUAUAAGGCGAAUAUUUUUUAAUUUAAAACAAAUUAACCGAACAGCGUUGUUUACGUUCAGGCGUUCUCUAAAACAAGGAAAGCGCCGAGCCAAGUGGUAUUAUGAUAAAAUAAUUGUUUAGGAAGCCUUCAAUUAGUUGAACCUAAGAAAUGCGCAGAUCUGAUACUCUCCUUUUCUGAGUGGAAAUAGUAGAAUCGAUUAAACCUACCUACACACAAACACACAUUGACAACAGAACUAGUAAGUAGUGGAAGAGUGUAAUGAAACUGCCUCAGGACGACAAAUAGUAGCGGAAAUUACCAUCGCAUCUAUCCAAAGCCCUGUUUGCAAACGACGUCUUAAGGAAACGACUGUGUUGUUUAACCGCAUCUUGAUGUUUUCAGGUGCAAUCCGAAUAACAUUAAAAACGAACCGAUACCUGGAGUUUACGUACAUCUCGGUGUUUAAUGAGGAAUUUGAAUCUCUAUGUGUUGUCUCGAAUAAAAUGAAAUAAAAAAAUAGGAAAUAAAA